AUGCAGUUCUCUUCGUCCAGAUUAGCCGUUAUCGCCUUGAUAGCGAGCUUUGCUCUCGUCGAUGCGCAUACCGUUAUCACGUAUCCGGGAUGGAGAGGCGAUAAUUUGAUCACGAAUGAUACGUUUCCCUAUGGAAUGCAAUGGAUGUAUCCUUGCGGCGGUAUGCGCACCACCACAAACCGAACCAACUGGCCUGUAACCGGUGGAGCCGUCGCUAUUCAACCAGGCUGGUUCCAAGGCCACGCCACAGCCUUCUUCUAUAUCAACUUGGGCUUCGGAACGGACGGACCAGACCACGGCCCACCAAACAUGUCCUUCCCCAUGGUACCCGUCUUCCAGAUCGUCGGUCCUAGUAAGAACCCUUAUCCAGGAACAUUCUGCCUGCCGCAGGUGCCACUGCCAGUGAACGCGUCGGUGAAGGUUGGUGAUAAUGCAACCAUUCAGGUGGUGGAGACGGCGAUUCAUGGAGCGAGUUUGUUCUCGUGCGUCGACAUUACGUUCACUGAACCAAAAGACGUCGCUGAAGUAAAUGCGUCGAACUGCUUCAACAGCUCUGACAUCAGCUUCAACAACGUCUACUCUAUCACCGCCAGCGGUCAAUCAUCUUCCGCAGUUAAAAGCCUCGCUCAAGCUUCGCUGCUACCACUCGCUGGUCUCCUCAUGUUCGUAUUGCUCUAA